UCGCGCUCAAGAACAAAUUUGUUUCUUUCGACAGAUUUCUGUGUUAUAAACACGACGAUAAAGAAUUGACAGCGAACGAUAAAAGAUGUCACUUUUUCAAAGGUGUAUGCGUGAAUCGUGAGACCGGUCGCCCAUCAAGUCAGGUCGGAUAUGUGCUGAUGUCACUGUUCAAAUGUUGGAAGGGAAAAUGUUAUGGCGCGAUGGAUUAUGCCAGGCUGCUGGCCGAGCCAAGGCGGCGACGGAAUUAACGGUACAAGGCCCGCGGUGGUGUGUGUGUGUGUAGUAUACGUGAACAAUAUAAUGCCAGCUGAUGGCCAACUCAAUGGAUAUCUUCUGGCUGGCCAACAAUCUGGCCUUCACAAACAGGUGUACGUCAGCACCAAAACUGUUGGGUUCUUGGCGACCCUUUUUCUUCCGCCUUGUUCGCCAUUGGAUAUACCUUAGAUUGCCUACCUGGCGGCUCCUCCCUCUUAUCUACCCAUUCCGUCAUUUUCUUCGCAUUUCCUUUUGCGCCCCCUUUUUAUUCCUUCUCUCCUCUUGCUCUCACCUUUCUGCCUUUGCACCGUUGUCUUUUCCCCCCUUCUUCUUCCUCCUUCUACGUACUAUGUGUGUGUGUACAUGUAUACAAGGCAGCCAUAAGAUAGCUACUCUAUCCGCUUGCUGCUGCUGCUGCUGGAUUCUUGGUCUGGUGGUUUGUCGAGCGGGCAUUGACCAGGGCCAAAAUGGCUCCGCGCGCCAAGUCCGAUGGGAAGCGGCUCCUUUUUUUUUUCCUUUUUCUCUCCGCAGGGGCACUGCUGCUGCUGCUGGCCUGAGUGGGCAGUGCUGGGCAAUAAGGCGACUGCUGCUGCUCAUUCAAAGUCCCAAUAAAUACGUACACCAACUUUGCGCCCACUUCCCGACUGCGAGAAAAAUAGACAUUGUUGUUUUUGUUUCUUCUCGACUUUUGUGAAGAAACAACUGUAUUGUAUAUUUAGGGCUCCACGUAUACAGAGGCCGGACUCGGUGCUCGGCGUCAGUUUAUAAGGCACAAUUUGAGUGUGUGUAUUAGCUGCCGAGUGAAUUUAUUUUUUUAAAAGCAAAAGAGUCUUUGAGUGCGCCUUCAACAGGUGGUUCGAGUCGCAAGAUUUUACGCUUGAAACGGAGUAUUUUUUUUCUUCUUUUUCUUGGUGCAUUUCCUCACUCCUGAGUUUCUAUGCACGGCCCCUUGCUGUAUCUUUCUCGAUUUUUUCCCCAAUUGUAUUUUUCUAUUCGUUUGUGGACGAGGAACUCAACAACAACAGCUCGUCGCUGGCUCCAGUGAACUCUAGCCCUAACAAACCCCCCUAUAGACGUCUAUGUGUGUGUGUGUGGGUGUUGAUUUCGUUUUGACGUUCGUCGUGUGUUGGAGUGUGCGGCUUUUUUUGUUUUGUUUUUUCCUUUAGUUUAUUUAUUUGGCCAUCGUUGUCGUCUUGUGCCAGAGAAAAAGAAUUGCAAACAUUUCUGAGCUGACGCUCUUGAGAGGUGGGCAGUGUGUGUGUGUGUGUGUGUGGCUAUAUAACACACAGUCACUUAUUCUGGCUGGCCUGGCUCGUGUGUUGGUGUGUGUUGACCAGCUCCAAGUGGACUGACGACCAGCCAGUGACUCGCCUGCGCUCGACUCUUUGUGUUUUCCGCGAUUAAACCCUUUUUCUUUUUACUAGCACGACAUUGGCAGUUCCGAUCGAUAUCGAUCCUUUUGCACUAUAUUGCUGAUCCGCUUUCUCUCUCUCUCGUGUGUCCGGUUUUUUUUAUUUUUUUAUUUCUCUCAUUUUCUUUUCGUGGGGAAGAAAACAGGCCAACAUCACAGCCCGGGUUGUGUGUCUUAAGUCGGCUCCUCUUGUGGGUUUGUGUGUGAGUGUUGCCCGCUGCUGCACUUAAUAUCGCCGCCCAACUCUUAUCCAUCUUUCAACGGAUAUAUCUAAAAGAAACCAGGCUGCUGCUGUUGCUCAGCCAGAGAAAAAGAAAAGCCAAUCGUCAUCUCAAAGAAGAAGAAAGAGGAAAGAAGAAGAAGAAAGAAGAAGAAGAAAAACGGGCACACACAACAGCGAGAGGAGACGGAGCAAAAGUGAGAGAACUACAGACGAAAUACCGGUCACGUUCGUUGAGACGGACGUUGGCCCAGCAGUUGAGAAUGCCUUUCGGUGAAGUCAUGUAUCGCUGCAAUGCGCAUUACUGUUUCAGCAGCGUCUUCCGCAAUCGGGUCGUCGGCUUGGUCAUCACACUGGCCCUUAUGCAGCUCUUCCUCUUCUCCUUUUACCUCAACGGCCUGCACAGUCAAGUGGUGGUGACGGCCAAUACCGGCACUGGCACUGGCACUGGCGGCGGCGGCAGCAGCAACAGUCCCGUUUCGUCACUGGAGCAACAGGAUGAGCGCCACCAGCAGCAGCAGCCGUUAGCGCAGCAACAGUUGCAUCCGCACCAGCAGCCGUCACAUCCGCACGGCGACAUUUCGCUAAUGGACAGCGGGGCCGCCGCGGCCGCCGCUGUUCUCUCAGACAUUGACCUUGGCCAAAGGUCACGAUCAGUGGGUCAAGAGGUGGAACGGGCGGGCGAAGAAUUCCUCAACCCGGCCAUCAUCAAAGCCAAGGCCGCCAUGGGAGACGCGGCCAAAAAGGCGCUCGAUCACCUCAUGACCAACAAGAAACCGGCCAUGGAUUUGAUGGCCAUGGCAGCCAAAAAGUUAUCCAACGACCCCAACGAUCCCAUGGCCAAACUCGGAUUGAAUCUCCUGGCCAACGCUUUCAACAACAUCAAGAAUAGCCAGCGGGCCGUCCAGCCCAAAUCGACGCAACAGGAUCCCAAAGAGGUGAAUAAGGGCCUUGUGCUGGACGCCAAUGUUAAAGAAUCGACAUCAUCGCCUGUUGCUAACGAUGUCGACGAUCAAUCCAAAUCCCAAUACGCUAAUCUAGCCCAAAUGGGCUUACAGAUGCUGACCAACGGGCUGGCCGAUCCGUCGUCGCUGUUGGCCAGCAAGGGGGCGGCCAGCAGCAGCCCCGACAUGCGCAUGCUGGAAAUGGCAUCACAAAUGAUGUUGAGUUCCAAACUGUCCAAAGCCGGAUUUGAUCCUCAAAUGGCCAAAACAGCCUUGGGCCUACUUAAAGGAGCUGUGGCCAGCCAAAAGCUGGAUCCGAGGGUUAUUCUCGGUCUUGCCACUAAAAUGAUGUCCAUCCAACAACAAUUACAGCAACCAUCCUCAUCCGCUUCUGGUGACACUAAUAAUGCUGGCGGACUCAACUUGUUGAGCCAAUUCCUCUCCAACGGCCAGCUGAUGUCGGCGCUGCUUAAUAGCGCCGGGGCCGGGGCCGCCGCCGCUGCCCAGCCGGCAGUUUCCGUCGACCAAUCAAACACGAUUUAUCGCAAUUACGUCAAGUUGACCAGCCGGAAGCUGCCGGCCCUCAAAUCAAAGAUGUCGUCGCCUUAUUCCAUCCCGUCCAGCAAAGUCGUCGUCGACAUUGGAUUUCAUUUCACGAUGGAAGACGUGGACACGUGCCGAUCCAACGCCACCUACCUGAUCAUGGCCGUCUCCUCGGCGGCCAACACCGAGGAGCGGCAGGCGGCGCGAGAGACGUGGAUCAGAGAUUUGCAUCAGCUGGUCGGCGGCAAAGUGGACGUCGUCUUCGUUGUCGGCCAAACGGCCAACGUCACUCUGCAGCGGGCCGUCGAGGAGGAAGGCAGGACUCACCGGGACUUGAUCCAGACCAACGUGCAGGAGCCAAUCGAGAAGAGCGUCUUCAAGACGCUGGCCGGCCUGGUCUGGAUCGACCGCCACUGUCCGGAGAUUGAGCAAAUCCUCAAGAUCGAUGAUGACGUCUACGUCAGCGCAGCGACGAUGCUCAAGGCCAUGGAGAAAGGAAAGGCUAGGCCCACCAUUACGGGCAGCUUGAUCGACAGCAUGAACCCGUUUACCACGACAGAUGAGAAACACAAAACCACGAAAAAAUCGUGGCCUCUCAAGGAAUUUCCUCGUUUCAUGCUUGGCGGAGCUUACCUGAUGGGCAGGCCGGCAGUGCCGCGUUUAUUGGCGGCCGCUCAGGUGACUCCCGUCCUCCCCCUGGAAGACGUUUACGUCACGGGAUUGUGCGCCAUCGGUGGCAAAGUGGAGCUUAUUCCCAAAAAAAGUCUGUUUGAAGAAGAAAUCAGCGAAGAAUUGGACACUUGCACUUUUGAAGAUUUCGCCUCUUGGCGCUCGACUGGCGCCGCUGACGUCAAACAGACGUGGAAUUUUGCUCAAGCCAUGAAAAGGAGCGGCGAAGUUUGCGUAACCACCAACAAGUGCGCACGGACGUUCAUGGGCAUCUGCAUCCCGUCUUCGUCCUAAUAGCUCAUGCUCCAUUGUCUUUGUACAUCGAACUGUUUUUUUUUUCUUUUCUUUAUUUAUCGCCGUUUUUAGAAUAAUCGGACUGGGCUUCAAAUAAGCUCCAAUCUAUCAAAAUUAUUUCCAAUCUUAUUUAUUAAAUUAUGGCUCAUUAUGGAAAUUCCGUACGGUGGAUGACGUGAUGGUAAUUUUGGCGUGUAAAAUAUUAUCUUCUUAGCUGUGCUAUUUUCGACAAUGUAUCCGGAUUAAAUGGACUCGACCAGGAGAGAGCCGCAGCCGUCCCCCAAGCGAAGGGCAAUCUUACAGAUUAAUUUUAUUAAAAAAAAAGAUUGCCAGUUGUUGAUUUCUUUCUUACAUAUACUCAUUACACUCUAGAGGAAUAAAGAGAUUGACUUCUGCAAAAUAAUGAGAUGAGGAAUACAAAAAUUGUGGGUUUCGAUUGACGUUUCUCUGUUCAGAAUUGUGGUUAUGGUGUAAUUGGCAAAGUGAAACAUUCCUUGUGAAAUUUGUUAUAUUCCUUCAACGGAAAUUGAGUAAGUGCUAUAGUAAUUUUGUAUCGCAGAUUCGCAGACCCUUUUGUGAUGUUCAAUACUCAAAAGAAGAUAUCUGCCAACGGAACAAAGGACUCAAGCAAAAGACUACAUAUGCCUCCUUAUAUUUGAAAUCAAUUGUCCAAUAUAAUCCACCCAGCUAUUUGUGUUUGACCACAUUUUCCGAAACAUUCAUUGGCAAGGCAAUAACAGGAAAUUGUCAUCUGUAAUCUAUUCAAUUCUUUUUUAUAUUUCCUGAAUGGACCAAUAUAAUUUAUAAUGCCAA